AUGGAUGAAAAUAUAUCACUAAUCCAAUCAGAAGAAGAUCCUUCGUCCCAUAUUUCCCCAUGCAAUCCCUCCAGCCCAGUUUCAGGUAAUUCUUGCUUCAGUGCAGUAAUUGUGGACACUUUCUUCAUCGCCUACCUCACCUUGUUCGUCAUCUCCAUUGUGGGAAAUUCUUUUUUACUAUUUGUCAUCACCCUCAGCGAAAAAACGAUGAUGAAUAUCUUGAUCGCCUCUAAGACGAUAGCUGGUAUGAUGCUUAGUGUUUUUGCAAUGUUCUUCUAUUAUGUGUCCAUUGCCAACAGCUCUUCAUGGGUAGGAGGAUGGUUUUUCUGCAAGACUGCCAAGUGGUUUCAUUCUAGCGUAACGAUGGCAAUCUCCUUCAGCAUAGUGGCCAUGGGCUAUCGCAAGUUCAAGGUCGUCACGAAAGAGAUGAGUGGACGUUGGAUGAGGGAGAAGAUGGCGUGGGUGGGUCUCAUUUGGGGCAUGGCAAUCUUCAUCGCAUUUCCUCACAUUUUUACGACAGCGUUAGGAAUUCAACAAGACAUCCUCACAUGUGAAACUUGUUGCUGCCUUCUCAGCCAGGAUAACAUGCUGAUCAAAAUCUACAUAUCAGCGAUAACUUUCUUUGAAUAUUUCAUACCCGCCAUCCUGAUUGUCACAACGCACGCACUCAUUUGGUAUAAAAUUAGGCAGAAGACAAAUGGAAAAGUUGUGGCUGUUAGUGGUACUGGCGAUGUUGUAGUAGUCGUUGCCGGUGGUGACACUGAUGAAGAUGAUGUGAGUGAGAGAAAAGAAGCCAAAAUGUUGACGACAGUCGCAACUAUCUUCAUCUCCUUCUUCCUACCCUGGUACUUCAUAAUUACCAUCCUCCUCCACAACAUUGACCUUGAACUUUCUGGACGCGCUUACUUCCUAUUUCUGGAUAUCGCUCAUAUGCUGGGAUUGGCCUGUGUCGCCCUAUGCCCCGUAGUCUACUUUAUGAAAGGGUCAAAGUUCAGAGAGGUCGUCUGGAGAAUGUGGCUGCAGUUGAAGAUGUGGCGGUGGAGUUUUGUUAGCUAA